AUGGACAUGUGGCUGUGCGUAAAGCGAGCCAUCAAUGCCGCCGAAAAGGCGAAGAAGGCUUAUGAAGACGGCAGGGCUAGGGUUGCCGAGGCUGGCAAGGCUAUCCAACCUCAUGCGAACUUGGCGAAGGACAUGCAGGUUGCCGAACGGCAAGUCAAGGUUUAUGAAGCCAAGUUUGGUGAGAUGUCGGCAACCCUAGAGUCGGCGCAGCUAACCACAAGGGAGGCUCUGGAGAUCGAGGCUGCAGUCCAGGAGGCAAUCCGGGGGUACCUUUAG